UUUUAGUUUCCUUCCUCCUGGAAUUGAAAUUUCUGAAGUAGACGUUUCCUUAUCGCAUUCAAUACAAGAAUAUUCAUCUCCUCCAAUCAUCGUUUACUUUUAAGUGACGUCAAUAAGUGUUUAUUAGAACUCCGCGUUUCUGAAAUUUUCCACUACCAGAACAAAUAGCGGUCCUGAUUAGUCGCGUAAUUAAUGAAGCCUUAAAUACUUUUCACGAAAAAAAAAAAAAACUACAAAAAAAGCAACAAUGGUUGUUGGAAACAGAAGAAGAAUUGAAGCCCUUACCAGAGACUUAGUACUCACAAAUGAUCAACUCCAGAAAGUUUCGGUAAAUCUGUUACAUGAAUUUCACAAAGGAUUAUCUUAUGACACUCAUCGAGAUGCUGCUGUAAAAAUGUUCCCUACAUAUGUCACAGACGUGCCAAAUGGAGAAGAACAAGGCAAAUUCCUUGCUCUUGAUCUUGGAGGAACCAAUUUUCGAGUAUUACUCAUAACUCUUGAAGGUGAAGAUUUUCACAUGGAAAAUGAAGUAUUUGGAAUUCCUGAAUCUAUAAUGCUUGGAACUGGCACACAGUUAUUCGAUCAUAUAGCUGAAUGCUUAGCCAAUUUCAUGGAAAGACUAAAUGUUAAAGAUCUCCAAUUACCUCUUGGAUUUACCUUUAGUUUCCCUUGCAAGCAAGAAGGAUUAGCUAGCGCCAGGUUAACAGGCUGGACAAAGGGAUUUAAAUGCUCAGGAGUCGAAGGACAAGAUGUUGUAGAACUACUGCAAGAAGCAGUGCAGAGAAGAGGAGACAUAGACGUGAAUGUAGUAGCAAUUAUAAAUGACACCACAGGAACUCUUAUGUCAUGCGCACACAAAAACAGAGAAUGCAGGAUUGGACUCAUAAUAGGAACAGGGACCAAUGCUUGCUUCAUGGACACUGUAUACGUGAAUGAAGGACGACCUAAGUCAAGACCAUACAUGGCAAAAUUAGAUAAUGAUGUUGAUUUGUGGGAUAGUGAUGCAGUUGAACCCCGCCAAGUAAUUGUAAACACUGAAUGGGGUGCAUUUGGUGACGAUGGUUGUCUUGACUUCAUGAGAACUCAAUAUGAUAGAGAAGUUGACAAUGUUUCUCUCAACCCAGGAAAACAAUUAUUUGAAAAAAUGAUAUCUGGAAUGUACAUGGGAGAAGUUGCUCGACAAGUUUUAGUAAAGCUUACUAAAGAAGGUUUAUUAUUUGGAGGACAAUUUUCCACACAAUUGCUUACACCAUGGGCAUUUAAGACAAAAUAUAUUUCUAUGAUUGAAAGCGAUCGCAAAAACUCAUUCGAAGAAACAAGAAACGUCAUGAAUGAGUUGGGAUUAGAUUAUGCAUCAGACUUUGAUUGUAACAAUGUAAAAUUGGUAUGCGCCAGAGUAUCUACACGAGCUGCUUUUCUAGUGUCAGCAGCUGUCGCUACCAUCUUAAAUAAAAUUAAAAGACCACGUACAACUGUUGGUGUAGAUGGCUCUGUAUACAAAUGUCACCCUCAUUUCCAUGAUUUAAUGGAAAAGAAAAUUGAAGAAUUAACAAUCCCAGAUUAUAAAUUUGAUCUAAUGCUUUCUGAAGAUGGAAGUGGGCGAGGAGCAGCUUUAGUGGCUGCUGUUUCUGAAAGAUCUCGCUAAAUGAAGUGAACUGUACACAUUUAGCAGAUCAAACAUUGUAUAAAGGACUUACGAUCUCCGAAGAUAGUCAUUUGUGACAGAAACCAAACUCUCUGGGCACAGUUUAUCAAGUCAUCGUCUAAAAAGAAUUGUUAAGGCAAACACGACACAGGAUUUAAAUUUGUUAUCAUAUGCUGUAUUGCAAUCUACUUUUGUAUAGUACUUGUAUUACAUAUUUUGUACAUUAAAUGUGUGAUUGCAACCAUUUGAAAAUAUAUGUGUAUUUAAAA